CUUUUCCUUUUGAUCCAAAAGAGAUCAAGUAGCAAGUGAGUAAAAUUAAUUAUUAAAGUGCACAACCAUUUGUUUAAAUCAGUGAAAUCUUAUAAUUUAGUGGAACAAGCGAAAUUUCAAAAUGGGUUUCGUUAAGGUCGUCAAGAACAAGCAAUACUUUAAACGUUAUCAAGUCAAAUUUAAGCGACGACGUGAAGGUAAAACUGACUACCAAGCUCGUAAAAGACUUAUCUUCCAGGAUAAGAAUAAAUACAAUACACCCAAGUAUCGUUUAAUUGUGCGUUUAAGCAACCGUGACAUCACUUGUCAAAUUGCAUACGCUCGUAUCGAAGGCGAUCGCAUUGUUUGUGCCGCAUAUUCUCAUGAAUUGCCACGCUAUGGUGUGAAACUUGGUUUGACAAACUAUGCUGCAGCGUACUGCACUGGCUUGUUGGUCGCUCGUCGCAUCCUCCAGAAAUUGUCAUUGGAUUCGAUUUAUAGUGGCUGCCCUGAUGUAACUGGCGAUGAGUACCUUGUCGAGCCACUCGAUGAAAAACCAGGUCCAUUCCGUUGUUACUUAGAUGUUGGAUUAACCCGCACAACUACUGGAGCCCGAGUUUUCGGUGCAAUGAAAGGCGCUGUUGAUGGCGGUCUUAACAUCCCUCACUCUGUUAAACGUUUCCCUGGUUACAAUGCUGAAGAGAAAACUCUCGACGCUGCAGUUCAUCGUGAACAUAUCUUCGGUCAACAUGUUGCAAAAUACAUGAAGGAACUUGAAGGUGACGACGAAGAAGCAUAUAAGCGCCAAUUCUCUAGAUACAUCAAGUUAGGCAUUCGUGCUGAUGAUAUUGAAACAAUCUACAAGAAGGCUCAUGCAGCUAUUCGUCAAGAUCCAGUUUAUCAGAAGAAAGCUGAGAAGAAGGUCACCAAGAAGAGAUGGAAUAAAGCCAAACAAACUCUUCAGCAACGUAAGGACUACGUCGCUAAACGCAAAAAGAGCAAUUCUACAAUGGAGAACGAAAGCAAUCACAAUGAAGGGCCAUCUGAAGAACAUGAGGAAAAGGCGGAAAAGAGUAAGAAGUCAAAGAGAAGGUCAAAAAACAAAAAGUCCGGCAGUGGAAACGUGAAAUCAGAAGAACAUGAACAAGGACUUAAUCAAAUUGAUGAAAAUGGUGCACUCGCUCAACUAUCUAACUUAGAUGGUGAUAUGUUGAAGACACUCAAAUCUUUAAAAUUAGAUGAAGUCAUGAAGAUGGGGAAAGAAGCUGGUGCUGGAUCCACCAAAGUUUACAAGUUCUGGAGUACACAACCAGUGCCUAAGAUUGAUGAAGAAAGUGGUGCAACGACAGACAGUGAGUUUCAUAAAGCUAUAGAGCCUGAUAAAACAAUUGCUGAGAUCAAACCAGAUCCAUAUAAUCUCCCCGAUGGGUUCAUUUGGGAGACGUUGGAUUUAGAGAACGAAGACGUUCUUAAAGAACUUUACACGCUUUUGAAUGAAAAUUAUGUGGAAGAUGACGAUGCAAUGUUUCGCUUUGAUUAUCAACCUGAAUUUCUAAGAUGGGCAUUGCAACCACCGCGAUGGUUAAAAGAUUGGCACGUUGGUGUUCGUGUCGCAAAAUCUGGACGUUUAAUAGCUUUCAUCUCUGCAAUUCCAGCUGAAGUUAAAGUUUAUGAACGAAAACUGAAAGUCGUCGAGAUAAAUUUUCUUUGUGUUCACAAAAAGCUUCGUUCAAAGCGAUUAGCGCCGGUGCUGAUCAGAGAAAUUACAAGACGUGUGAACUUGACUGGAAUCUUUCAAGCAGUUUAUACAGCUGGUGUUGUGCUGCCAAAGCCAGUGACGACAUGCCGCUAUUGGCAUCGUUCAUUAAACCCGAAGAAACUUAUUGAUGUGAACUUUUCGUGCCUGUCACGUAACAUGACGAUGCAGCGAACAAUAAAGUUGUACAAGCUGCCUGAUUCACCGAAAACGCCCGGUUUUCGUCAAAUCCAAUCAAGGGACGUGCCUAAAGCUUUCAAGUUGUUGAGUGAUUAUCUUGGAAAGUUCGACUUGGCGCCAUUGUUUGAUGAGGAAGAAUUUCGACAUUGGUUCCUUCCCAAGAACAACAUAAUUGAAUGUUUUGUGGUUGAGAACGAUGGGAAAAUAACUGACCUAGUCAGUUAUUAUGCUUUGCCUUCGACAGUCAUGCAUCAUCCAAUGCAUAAGCAAAUUAAAGCCGCUUAUUCUUUCUAUAACAUUGCAACCGCAACCAACAUCAACGACCUCGUCUACGAUGCUUUAAUAUCAGCGAAAAAUUUACAUUUUGAUGUUUUCAAUGCGCUCGAUCUCAUGGAAAACAAGAAAUUUCUUCAGGAUUUGAAAUUUGGCAUUGGCGAUGGGAAUCUUCAAUAUUAUUUAUACAACUGGCGUUGUCCAUCAAUGACGCCUGAGGCGACUGGUCUCAUUCUGCUUUAAAACGGACGACAUUCGACAUUAGAUAUUCCAUGCUGGUCAGAAAUUCUUUACAACUCUUUCGUAUUUAGUCUCACUUCAAUUUUGCACGCAUUAAUUUGAUUAAUAUUUGGAUGGGUCGAACGUGAUAAAUUUAAACAAAAAUGGUUUUUCCUUUCCUUUUCAUCUGAAAAUGUUUCCUUCUGUUGUAAGCUUAUCAAAUAAAGAAUCGCAAUGAAUUGAAUAAAUCAAACAAAUAACACUCGAUAAAAGAAAUAUUUUUAAAUUCCAUUAAAUGUUUUUUUAAGAAGCUUCAGAUUUGAGAUUAUUUCGAAAGCUUUUAAUUAACUUUUAUGUUUUAUCAAUUGUGAGAGAAAAGAAAUUGAAAUUGAAACAAAUAAACAUCGAA